UAAAUCUUCUCCCUCUUAUGAGGAUUAAUUUUGCCACAUGUGUUUCAAGGAGACAUUUAAAAUCUCGUUGCUUGACAUCUCUGCUGGCCUCAUUGAGGAGUUGUGUCCAUCAGAAGUAUGGCCAAAGGUUAUUAGGCUGCACCUGGCAAUGCUGCUCCUUGCAGAAUACAGUCAAGUUACUAAACAUAUUGCUGUACCAGUUUUUCAGAUAGAUGGUCCACAAAGACUAUCCUGAAUGCAGAAUAACCUGAAAGGACCCAUUAUGGCUUGUGCUGUCGUGCAGUUUUUACUGAAAACCCAAAGCUUUCGGUUCCUGUGGACUCCCUUGACUGCAUCCUUCCGAUUCUCUAAAAAAGGCUACAAGGUAUUGGCCCCUCAGAAUUUUUUAAACUAUGAAUCCUUAAAACAACAGUACAAACCAGAGGUGCCAGAAUACUUCAAUUUUGCAACUGAUGUGCUGGACAAAUGGACUGAAAUGGAAAAGGAAGGAAAGAGGCCUACACGGCUAGCCCUGUGGUGGGUAAACGAUAAAGGUGAUGAGGUGAGGUGGAACUUUGAGGAGCUUGGAUUCCACUCCAAAAAAGUGGCCAAUGUACUCUCUGAGGUAUGUUGUCUGCAGAAAGGAGACAGAGUUAUGCUGAUUCUACCCCGGAUACCAGAAUGGUGGCUAAUAAAUGUGGCUUGUAUGCGAACAGGAACUGUCCUUAUUCCUGGGACAACACAGUUGACAGCAAAAGAUAUUCUCCUUAGAGUACAAACAUCAAAAGCAAAGUGUAUUAUCACUGAUCAUGUUUUGGCACCAGCUAUAGAUCGCAUUGUGUCCGAAUGCCAGUCUUUGAAAUUCAAGCUAAUUGUGUCAGAGGACCACCUGGAAGGAUGGCUGAACUUUAAAGACCUAUUUACAAACGCUAAUGCUGAUCACAACUGUGUGACCACGAGGAAUCAAGAUCCAAUGACCAUCUUUUUUACCAGUGGAACAACAGGGUCUCCAAAAAUGACUGAACAUUCCCACAGUAGUUAUGGCAUUGGACUGACUGUAAAUGGAAGGUACUGGCUGGAUUUAACCUCCUCCGACAUACUCUGGAAUACAUCAGACACAGGCUGGGCAAAGUCAGCUUGGAGUAGCAUUUUUGCACCAUGGAUUCAGGGUGCAUGUGUGUUUGUACACAGCAUGCCACGUUUUGACCCAACCACUGUCCUAGAUACUCUAUCCAAAUUUCCCAUCACAACCUUCUGUUCUGCUCCAACUGCUUAUCGAAUGCUUGUGCAGCAUAAUCUGAACAGCUAUAAAUUCAAGAGCCUGAAGCACUGUGUGAGUGCAGGGGAGCCAAUCAACCCAGAAGUGAUGGAGCAGUGGAAAAAGCAAACCGGACUGGAUAUCUAUGAAGGUUAUGGCCAGACAGAAACGGUGCUGGUUUGCGGAACUUUCAAGGGAAUGAAAAUUAAACCAGGUUCAAUGGGAAUGCCGUCUCCAGCAUAUGACGUCAAGAUUAUAGAUGAACACGGUAAUGUUCUGCCUCCUGGAGAAGAAGGAGAUAUCGCCAUCCAAGCAAGACCUACAAGACCUUUUUGUCUUUUCACUCGAUAUAUAGAUGAUCCAGAGAGAACUGACUCAACAUUACAAGGGAAUUUCUAUAUCACUGCGGACAGGGGGAUUGUAGAUGAAGAUGGAUACUUCUGGUUUGUUGGAAGAGCUGAUGAUGUCAUCAAUUCUGCUGGAUAUCGUAUUGGACCAUUUGAAGUAGAAAGUGCACUGAUAGAGCACCCAGCAGUAGUAGAAUCAGCUGUUGUCAGCAGCCCAGAUCCCAUCAGAGGAGAGGUAGUGAAAGCCUUUGUUGUUUUGGCAUCUGAUUAUGUUUCACAUGAUCCAGAAAAACUGACUAAAGAGCUACAGGACCAUGUUAAGAAGGUCACUGCCCCAUACAAGUAUCCUAGAAAGGUGGAGUUUGUUCAACAGCUGCCAAAGACAGUCAGUGGGAAGAUCAGAAGAAAUGAAUUGCGCAAGCAGGAAUGGGGAAAAGCUUAGAAUUAUCUAGUGUUUAUUUUCCAUAAUUUGUUCUUCCAAAAAUAUUAUAUAUUGCUGAUAUAUGGUGCAAUUUUUUGUUCUCUUGACCUAUUAUAUACAUUACAAAUUGAGAGCAUCAUCAUGCAUUGUAUGCACAAUUAAAACUUUACUGACUUUAGUGAAAAUUUUGGCUAUGCAAGCAAUGCAGGGUUAGAUCCUAGGUAAGCAUUCCUUUCCCAUUUGUUCUAGGCAUAAAAAAAUCUAAAAGCACUUUGUCAUAGAACAGGGGUCGGCAACCUUUCAGAAGUGGUGUGCUGUGUCUUCAUUUAUUCACUCUAAUUUAAGGUUUCGUGUGCCAGUAAUAAGAAUCCAUGAGAUCCAUGCUGAGCUGCGCCCCUUCUUGGCCCUGUCUGCACCCCUCACUGCCCCAGGCUGGGGACAUAGGGCCACAGCUGAGGGCGGCUGCAGAGCCCCAGGCCAGCAGCCAGGAUCCCAGGCCAGCAGCAGAGCCCCCUGGACUGGUGGCUGGCACUGGCAGAGGGCUGAGCGGGGCUGGUGGAUGGAACCCCAGGCUGGCAGCGGAAUCCCCUGGACCGAUGGCUGGGACGUUGGCCCAGCAGCGGGCUGAAAGGGCCGGUGGAUAGAACUCUGGCUGGCAGCUGGUACCCCAGGCCAGCAGCGGAGCCCCUGGGACCGGUGGCUGUGACCUGGGGCUGGCAGCGGGCUGGGCGGGGCUGGUGGACAGAACCCCAGCUGGCAGUGGAGCCCCCGGGACCAGUGGCCAGGACCCGGGCAGUGUGAGUGCCACUGAAAAUCGACACGCAUGCCAUAGGUUGCCUACCCCGUCAUAGAAUAACAAAACAAGUUUUUUUUUAAACUAAUUCCAAUUGUCUAGUUAUAAAAGCACACAGGAAAGAACAGUUUACAUAGUAGUAAGCCCCAAACCCAUCUGUUUCCAAAAGUCAAACCUUAGCACUACUAUGAACUAGCUAUUAACUAGAAAAGCAUGCUGGGGAAUAAACAUGCAAAAACAAAAACACCACUUUUUAUUUCUAUAGCAUCUUCCAACUCAAAGUGCUUAUUAAACGCUGAAACUUGCUAUACAAGAUAGUUCACAUUUCAAGACCAGGUCAUUAAACAUGUUGUUAAGUUCUGACAGGAUGAACCAGGAUCCAUGAUUGCCUGCCUGGCCCAAAUAAACCCUACUCCUGUUUAAAAAUUACCAUCUGUAGUAGUGGCUGGAUAGAAGAAUUUAAUAGCAAAGUUUGUGUGUUCUUGUGCAUUUCAAUAUCCACGAUGGUCUUCCAGCUUAGUUAUUCAACAGCGUUCACGUCAAGCUCCUGGAGCAAACAAAUUGGAGUGUACUUGCUUGCAUUCAGUUCCUCCUGUGUUGUGGGCAAUCAAGUGUGGUGCAAGGCUUUCCUCAGUUUAAGUGUUAAUAUAUUUAUAAAUGAAAAAUUUUGUAAAGAAAAUUAACCUGCAUAAGCAGUUUUCUGUAUCUGUUAGUUUUAAAUAAUACACAUUCAAUGAGCAUCUCUACUCACUGCUUGCAUACUCCUGGUUCACAGCUCUAGGAUGUUUUUUGGUUAAUCCUUUCUACUACAACCAUUUCUCUUUCUAUCAUAGAUUUUUAAUACACCCAUAACCCUGGUAAAUUAGUAAUCUAGGGCUUACGUAUACAUUUUCAAGUCAAUGACUUAUGCUUUUGCUUCUCAGCAUUCAUAUUUAUGUUCACAGCAAGCAGUGGUUGGAACGGAUAUAUAGAAAUAUUUUCCCUAAAAUUCCCUGUUAGGGUAGGAACAUUUUCCCAAAAUUGAGUUUUCACUUAUGAUUAUCCUGGAAUAUAAGUAUUCAUUUAGUGGAAGUGGGUGGAUUUACAAGGUAG